AUCAAAUGGGUGUGCACCCUUGAACGAAGUCAGCUUCAUCGUGAACAAUUGCACACCAUACUAGUACACCAUUUGCGAACACACUGUACUAGUACGCACAAGGAAGCUAGCAACUCUUUGCUUUGAUCAUUGAUCGCUCCGCUAACCAAUUUUGAGCCAAAGGAGUCUUCGCAAAGACAACUUAUUAAUAUCCCAAGGUUUACUGCAUCAUUCAAGCCACAUCAUUAUUCAUUGAUCCUCUACUAGUAUUGCAAAAAGGGAAGCGACAACCUCCGCAAGAGACGACGACACAAAGAGACAAGGCAACAUAACAUACCAGAGCCAGCAUCCUAGACUUUCUUGGUGAACCACGACAACAGGAUGGCACAAGUCAAGACUUCCGCGUUGGCUAAUGAAUCGGAAAGUUUUACAAAUAUUCAUUUUUUCAAAGGGCUGUUUGGUCGGGUUGAAAGGGACACGAUUGCAUUGGGAGGCAGAAAGAACUUUCUGAGAACGGAUACCCUCAUUGUUCGGACUUGCUACAAACAUCUCUUGCCACACAUCCACAAUGAAUGCCAGCCCAAAGUAGGACCAGGAGGCACCGAAUAUGACUGUCACUGCGCGGUAACGGGUACUCCUGGGAUCGGCAAGACGGUAUUUGGCCUCUACCUGCUCCGCCAUUUUAUCAUCCAGAGAGAAACGGUGCUUUACUGGGGACAGGACAACUGUGUAUAUCUAUUUUCAUUUGAUUCAGCGGUCCAAAGAAUUUUUGGGCUGAAAGAAACGGAGGCUGGGAUGGCUCCGGAGGAUGAAGAGAAAAACGGCCAAUCCCGAAAAAUGUAUUGUGGAAAAUGGUCCGUCCCCGAUGGAUCCAGUGUUCGUUGGACUGACUUUUUAAACUGCGCCGACGAAUACAAUAUUAUCUUUAUCAAGGAUCCAGCUGAGGGCGACAAAAGAGUUUCACUUCGGGCACACGAAGUUUCGAGACUCAUCUACAUUGUAUCUCAUGGACACUCCUUGAUUAGUCAUUGGAACUUGAAAGGACACGACUUCGAGUUCUUCUAUAUGCCUCUUUGGACCAAGCAGGAAGCCGAACAAUGCAGGCAAUUUUUGAAGCCUCAGACUCGAAAUGCUGGAUUUGAUUCUCUUGCCAGUUUAUCACAGCAAGAGAUUGACGAUAGGUUCCACAGUUUUGGAGGAAGCAUUCGCGGGUGGGUGUUUCCGGCUCUUUGGGACGAACUCGAUUCCAAAGUAACAGAGGUUGUGCAGCAAAAGGGCGACAAUAUUCUGAAGAAAUCCCCGAACAGUGGAGGCUCUGUUAUUCACAUGGAAGUCGCAUUUGAUAAAAACAGGCCUAUACUGAGCCUUGUAUCACCCCAGCAAGAGGACGCCAUGGAUGAAAGUGAAGAAAGUGACGAAAAUCCGAAUAACUUUUCUGAAUACCAAUACAUUUUUGGUUCUGAAAAGAUAUUGGAUGUUUUAAACGAGAAAUUGCUCCACCAAGGUCAGGAGACACUGAGGCUAUGCCUCCAAAACUGGGCCAGUCAAAAUGGCUUCGAGUGUGUCUAUGGAUCUCUCUUCGAACUACAUUGUCAUCGUCGGUUGGAAAGCCAAAAUGGAAAUCUCAAGCUGAGGAUGCGUAUUGUUUACGAAGAUGCCAGCAGAAACAAUGACAACAUUUAUGAAAUUCUAUUUCCGAAAUUUGAAGGUACUUGCCGGUAUCCAUCAAACGAUCCAUCCAUCCUUGAAGACUGCCGCUACAAUACCAACAAGCUGGGAAUGUACUUCUGGCCCAUCUCCAGCAAUCACCCAACUUAUGAUUCUGCCAUUGUUGUAAACAGAAAGGACCUGCUUGCACAUGGUGAUGAUCAGGAUAUUUUUGGGGAUAAUGUAGGACAGGUCGCGCUGCUGUUGCAAAUGACUGUGUCUGGGGCAACUGGCUUACCUCGUCGGCCCGAACACUCUGUGAAACAACUCAUCAGGGAAAAAUUUGAGGCAGUUUUCAACAAAAGAGUCAACGGUUUUAAGGAAAAGGGGAAAGCCUACACUGCAUUUGUUGUACCAACUGAAUGUUUCAAGCCGUUCUUGUUUCAGGACGAAGAAAAUACGACUGGUCACAGAGCUAGUGUUCAGCCAAAAUGUCAGCUAGUGAUUGAAUUCCCAAACGUCUUCACAUAUAAGAUGAGGUCUCCACGUGCAAGGACAGAGAAGCCGCACAUGUUUGAGCGAAAGAAAAGGAAAGUAUUUCACAAGUAUGAUCAUGCGAUUCAGCAAGCAGAGAUUAAUUUCUGAGCCUCUUCUCGUUGGUGAACCUGCCUUGCAGUCGAUGGUAUGUUGGAGUCUUGUUAUUCCUGUC